AUGGUUACAGGCAGGAAUGAUGAUGCCAUUGCUGAGGUGUUGAGGAUGUUGGCUGGCUCCAUUGGUCAGAUUCCUCAAGCGAAUGCUGCUCAAGCUUGGCUGAAGGUGAUUGAGAAGAUAUUCAGAGUUAUGAACUGUACUGAUGCUCAGAAAGUGCAGUUUGGUACUCAUAUGCUGGAGAAGGAAGCUGAAGAUUGGUGGAACAACACUUUUAAGAGAUUUGAAGAAGAUGGCAUUGAGGUUACUUGGGGCCUUUUCCGUGAUGUCUUCUUGGAGAACUAUUUUCAGGAAGAUUGUCGUGGGAAGAAAGAGGUGGAGUUCCUUGAGUUGAAGCAAGGAAAUGGUACAGUUGUUGUUUAUGCUGCUAAAUUUUAG